AUGACUCUUAAUUUAUAUAGUAAAUAUUCUCGUGAUCCAAUACGUGUUUAUCAUGGUGUUUUAGCAACACGAUUAUAUAUUAUUUUAUUAUUAAUUUCAAUAUAUCUGAUUAUUUUCCUUUCAUAUUCCUCAAAUCAAAUAUUUAAUGGAACCAUUAUAAAUCCAUCUGAACAAGAAUAUGAAAAAUUAGAAAAAAACUAUCCAUCAACAUUAACAUGUCCAUGUACUCAAAUAUCUAUACCUUAUAAAGAUUUAAUCACAAUUGAAGUCAAAUAUCAUCAGAUAUGUACAAGUGAUUUUAUUCAACCGUGGUGGUAUCAAAGUUUUUUUCCUUAUUAUACUUCUGAUGAUGAUAAAACUGAUUUUUUAACAUUUGCUCCAUCAUAUUUUCAAACAUUAGAAACAUUUUGUGAGAUUGCUAAAAUAAUAAUUAAUAAUGAAAUUAGUCGAUUUUUAACAACAACAUUUGUUCAUGGUCAAAUUUUAAGAAAUGAUUUAUUUUAUUCACAAAUAAAUUCAGCAAUAAAUACAUUUAUUCAAUUAACAAAAAAUGAAUAUAUUUAUCGAAUGUCUGUAACUAAUGCAUUACUCCAUAGUAAUCAAUAUUUUAGUCAUAUGAUAGCAAGUACUGAUCUUGGCGUAGUAUUAUGGUCCUGGUCAAAUGGAGCAUACACUAUAGAGAUCAGAGCAGAAGCUAUGUAUACUCUCGAUGCAAGCGGUGAUAAAUGUUAUUGUGUUCUUGAUUCAACAUGUGAUAUAGAUAAUAAUAUUUUUACAGGUACCGGAAUUUCCUGGCCAGUUAAUUGGGAACUUGAUGGUAUACAAGGCGGUUGUUCGGUUAUGGAUUCUGUAUUAAAAUCAUCAUUGAUCUGCUGGUUUGAAAACACUUGUUUAAAUCAAUUACGAAUACUUGUUAAUACAGCAAAACUUCCAACACUUCCUUCUAUAACUCCACUUAAUUCAACAUUAUCUAGUCAAUAUUUUCCAAAUACAUCAAUUGAAAAAAUUUUUAAUGAAAUUAUGAUUGAAGAAUGGAAUUUUUCUUCGCCAUAUUCAAUUUAUUAUCAAAAAUGUAAACCUUCAUCUUGUUCAUUUACUUAUGAAAAAAGGACUGGUGUUAUUUAUAUAACUACUAUCAUAAUUAGUCUUAUUGGUGGAAUUAAUGUUAUUCUUCGAUUACUUUCUCCAUUGAUUAUUAAAAUUAUUUUUAAAUUUAUUCAUAGAUUCAAACCCAUACAUUCAUCACAAAUCUCAACUAUACAACAAGAAAAUCAUCAAAACGUUGGAAUUUGUAGUCGUAUAAGAAAUCGAAUGGUUCAAUUAAUAGACAAAUUUUUAACGAUGAAUUUAUUCAAUAGUGAAUCAGAUAAUAUUGAAACAGUUCGUCUUGAACGAAUAACAACAAAACUCUAUUUAUCAAUUUUUUCAAUUUGUAUAUAUAGUAUAACGAUAUAUCUACUAUUUUCGGAUAUAACUAUAAAUCAAUCUUUUACAAAUCCUUCUGAAAAUGAUUAUAACAAAUUAUUAAUAGCUCAUUCAAAAUCACUUGAUUGUCCUUGUAAUAAAAUAUCAAUUACAUACAAAGAUUUUAUAGAAAUCAAUACAACAUUUCAUCAAAUAUGUUCAAGUGAUUUUGUUAAUAUAAAAUGGAUUAAUUAUUUAUUUGGUCGAGGAGAUUGGGAAGCUUAUAAUCGACGUGAUAUUCGUGUACGUGGUAGUGCAUAUUUUUUAUUUCUUUCAAAUUUAUGUCAAAUUUCUCAGACGACAAUUAAUAAUGCAAUUGAACAAUUUCUUAAUGAAAUUUUUAUCAAUACGCAAUUAAUAUCAGAAUCUGAAUAUAAUAUUCAAAUUGACAAUAUUAUUUCACAAUUUCAAAACGAAACUUUGACAAAAUUUUCUCGAAGUUUAAAACUUCUACGCGAUAUAAUGAAUGGAAAUGCUUUUGUAUCUUCAUAUUUUUUAAAUUGGUAUUGGUGGAGAGACAUAAAUAGUACUUUUACAAUAAUUCCAACAAUUCCAAUAAUAAUGACAAAUGGAUGUUCAUGUGGAACACAAAGUGAUUGUAUUGAUUCAGGAGGAAUUUAUUAUGAUACAACUAGUCGUCAAGCAUUUACAAUGCCUGGAUUGUAUAUUGGAUGUUCAGUUGUAGAAACAUUAUUAUAUUCAACAUUUGAAUGUUUAUAUAAUCAAGCAUGUAUUGAUUCAUUAUUAAAUUAUAUCACAACUGUUUCAGCUCGAUAUGAUUAUCGAAUGAAUAUAUUAGCUCUUAAUUCUUCGAUUGUAAGUCGUUUUAAAACAAAUACAUUGAUUCAAAUUAUAGCAGAUGAAUUAUUUAUUGAAGAAUGGAAAAUCAAUAGUUCUUAUUCAUUAUUUUAUAAUCAAUGUGCUCCUGCUUAUUGUUCGUAUCAAACUCGCAAAGAUGAUUAUGCUAUUUAUAUUAUAUCGAAAAUUUUAGGUUUAUAUGGAGGAUUAACUGUUUCUUUACGAUUUAUUAUUCCACUUAUAACUAAAAUAAUAUUUAAUAUUAUCAAACGAUGUCGAAAUAAUAUAAUUAUUCCUAAUGAAUAA